GACAUUCAACAGGCGAGUGAACUGCGCGGACCGGACAGAAUAACAGCAACUGGAUUUUAAAAACAACAGUUAGAUAAACAGUUUUUUUUAAAUUCUUAUAGUUUAUCAUUUCUAUUCGAUUAUAAUAAUAUAUUUAUUUUUCGUCGUCGACUUAGAUGUAUUUGUGUUGUGUGCCUUGAUUUGUGACUUUACAUCAAUGUAUUAUUUUAGUCUUGAAGGAUAGUUUUUUUCAGGUGGUCGACUAGGCUACUCUACCCCCUAUUCGGUUUUGUUUACUUGCUCACUACUUCAUAUUACCCGCUGUGUAUGAGUAACUUCCUCAAAACUAUUUCUAUGUGAUAUUUUACGCUAUUAUUGUUUCUGUCAUGGCCGAGGCUGCCCAACAACAAAUGGUGGAUAUCGAUCCGGAUUUUGAGCCUCUCACCCGGCCCCGCUCCUGCACUUGGCCCCUGCCGCGUCCAGAGUUUACCAACCCGGGUGACUCUAACACCUCGUCUCCCGCCACUUCUGUCAAACAGGAGCCAGGCAUCAACUCCGACUUUAUCUCCAAUCUAAGUUUAUUAGAAGAGACUGAAGACUAUCCCGAAGAUGAGCAGAAACCCACCAUCCUGUGCAGUGAUUUUCAGUGUCAGGAGAAUUGUAUCCACGACCACCAGCACCACCAACAUCCCCACCAGCAGCAUCAGCAGCAGCACCACUCGGGUAACAGUCCCCAACUCCCGCAACAGCAGCAACAGGUGCCGCUGCUUUCUCCGGUUGGUUCAACAUCUUCCGCCGCUGCCCAGCGAAAGAGCAGCUCGUCUCGGCGUAACGCCUGGGGGAAUAUGUCCUAUGCUGACCUCAUUACUAAAGCUAUCGAGAGCACCCCGGAGAAGAGGCUCACAUUGUCUCAAAUCUAUGAGUGGAUGGUGAAGUGCGUGCCAUAUUUCAAGGACAAGGGGGACAGCAAUAGCUCUGCGGGAUGGAAGAACUCCAUCCGUCACAACUUGUCCCUGCACAGCCGGUUCAUUCGUGUGCAGAAUGAGGGGACAGGGAAGAGUUCCUGGUGGAUGCUGAACCCAGAGGGAGGGAAGAGUGGGAAGUCCCCCCGGAGAAGAGCUGCCUCCAUGGAUAACAACUGCAGCAAAUUCACCAAGAGCAGAGGACGGGCCGCUAAGAAGAAGCUAUCUCUCCAGGGUUGCUCUGAUGGGGGAGGAGAGAGCCCAGGAGGUGGGCCCUUCUCCAAGUGGCCUGUCAGCCCAAACUCCCACAGCAACGAGGACUUUGACGUCUGGAGCGGCUUCCGGCCGCGCACCUCCUCUAACGCCAGCAACCUUAGUGGCCGGCUCUCCCCCUUCCUGCCGGAGGAUGACCUUGGAGACGGGGAUGUGCACAUGGGCUACCCAGGAUCCUCUGGGGCAAAGAUGACAGGCACACUGCCUAGCCUAUCAGAGAUGGCAAGUUCUCUAGGUCACCACCACAACUCAGAGAACGUCAUGGAGAACCUGUUGGAUAACCUGAACCUGCUGUCCCCUAAAAACCCCCAGGUGGGGGGAGGAGGGGGAGGGGGGAAGGGUCCUGGUUCCUCACAGAACUCUCCGUCCCCCCUGAUGCAGGCUAGCCCCGGGGUGGUGUACCCCCCCUACUCCUCUCCCUCCAUGGUCUCCCAGCAACAACCCCAGCCGGACUACAGAAAGUGUUUGUAUGGACAGAAUGCCAUCUCCCCGAUGCAGGGUCUGGGGUACAGUUGCCCUGCUGGCCUCCUGAAGGAACUGCUGACCUCCGACACUGACACUCACGAGGACAUGACACCUCCAGUGGACUCGGGCGUCUCCCAGUCCCUCGCUGCACACAGCAGCAUUCUGCCUCCCUAUAAUACAUCCCAGCAUGGAAGAGGAGGUGGAGGAGAAGGGAGGAGCCACAGUCUGCCUCACCCACACAGUCAAGCCCCACCUACCCCUGUCUCCUCAAUGAACAGCCGUGCGCUGAUGUCGCUGAGCAGCAUGAGCCACGGAGGAGGAGGGGGUAAUGGAUCUCGUCUGGGGGGUAAGAACCCGAUGCAGAUGCCCUAUGCUCUUGCCAGCCAUCUGGGAGCAGGGGGGAUACCUGGUGGGUUCUGCCCACACAGCACCAACGGCUUUGGGCGUCCCAGCUUGGGUCUCCCCCCUGCGCCACACCACCACCUUCACCACCAUCCCCACCAGGAGAAGCUGCCCAGUGAUCUGGAUGACAUGUCAAUUGAGAGGUUUGAAUGUGACAUGGAGUCCAUCCUCCAUGACACCCUGAUGGAUGGUGACUCACUGGAUUUCAACUUUGAACCGAUGGUGACAUCACAGGGGUUCACGACCCAUGCCGUCAAGACAACAACACAUAGCUGGGUGUCUGGGUGAAGAAGGUGGUGGAUUGACCCAUUCGCUCUUGUAAACAACACACACACACACAGGUUUUUUGGAGUAGAGGACAGUCAACACCUUAUCUUCUGUAUGCUGCAAUUCUCCAAGUUGGUGUUUGUUACAGGGUCAUUAACUCUUACGGGGAUAGUUCAGCUCUUAGUCCUCUCCCCAUCAGUGUCCACUAUAAAGAAGGUAAGAGGUCUAUCCUGCGAACCAGUUUUAACUAGCAUUAGCACAUUGAGUGGAAGUCAACAGGUUAAGAUAACAUGCCAUGGGUUCCAACAGACUUCCAGGUAAUGUGUUAUUGCUGGUUAGCAUUUGUGCUCAAACUACCUCUGACUUCCUUUAUGCGGGGUACUGACUGGACUUUGGGGAGGAGGAGUUGAGACUUUUACUACUAAUAUCCUGAACUACCCUUUCAACCGUCUCAGAAUCACCAUGGAAACUGACACACCAAAGACACCUCCCUCACCCUUUUUCUCGAUCUGCCAACUGUGCCCUAGUCAGUGACAUGCAUAAUCAUCAUUAUUACCGUCACAUUCAUAAUCGUCACAAGGCUUUGCUUGGUCCCAGAAGAUAGACAGGACUCUACCAACUAGCCAUUUUACAUUAUUUACAGUUGUGAACUUUUUCUGACUCGGAGUCUGCUGUAUAAAGUCCGGCUUUCAAAUCUACUGUUUAUGAAAACCUCCCUCUGAUGAAAGUACUUGUGUAAAUGCAAACUAAGUGCCAAACUAUUCUGCCUUCAGCCUUGUUGAAGCUAAAUGGAGAUUGCUUUCUGUCUUGUUUCAAAUCUGUUAUUGCUGAUAUUUCAGGUGUGACUUUGCCGUUCUCUCCUAUUUCUAGUGACAACAACAUCACCCACAUAAUGGCUUCAUCUGAAAUGACUUAACCAUCAAUGCCCACAUAAUGGCUUCAUCUGAAAUGACUUAGCCAUCAAUACUCACAUAGUGGCUUCAUCUGAAAUCACUUAACCAUCAAUACCCACGUAAUGGCUUCAUCUGAAAUGACUUAGCCAUCAAUACUCACAUAAUGGCUUCAUCUGAAAUGACUUAGCCAUCAAUACUCACAUAAUGGCUUCAUCUGAAAUGACUUAGCCAUCAAUACUCACAUAAUGGCUUCAUCUGAAAUGACUUAACCAUCAAUACCCACGUAAGGGCUUCAUAUGAAAUGGAACUC